AUGUUGAAGUAUACCGAAACAGAAUGCUUGUCUUCAUCACAGGAUGGUGGAGAUGAUGAAGACACAGUGUCUGCCGCCACGGAGAGGCCUACAGAGAGCGUGGCUGGCCACUACCAGGAGGAGGGUCCAUCAACAUCUGCAGCACAGAUUGACACAGUAUCCUCAGGUGUCCCCAGGUAUCCCCAAGUGUCCUCAGGUAUCCUCAUGUGUCCUCAGGUAUCCCCAGGUGUCCCCAGGUAUCCCCAGGUGUCCCCAGGUAUCCCCAAGUGUCCUCAGGUAUCCCCAAGUGUCCUCGGGUAUCCUCAUGUGCCCUCAGGUAUCCCCAGGUAUCCCCAGGUAUCCUCAGGUAUCCCCAGGUAUCCUCAUGUGCCCUCAGAUAUCCCAAGGUAUCCCAAGGUAUCCCCAGGUAUCCCCAGGUAUCCUCAUGUGCCCUCAGGUAUCCCCAGGUAUCCUCAGGUAUCCCCAGGUAUCCCCAAGUGUCCUCAGGUAUCCUCAUGUGCCCUCAGGUAUCCCCAGGUAUCCCCAGGUAUCCCCAAGUGUCCUCAGGUAUCCUCAUGUGUCCUCAGGUAUCCUCAGGUAUCCCCAGGUAUCCUCAGGUGUCCCCAGGUAUCCCCAAGUGUCCUCAGAUAUCCUCAUGUGUCCUCAGGUAUCCCCAGGUAUCCUCAGGUAUCCCCAGGUGUCCCCAGGUAUCCCCAGGUGUCCUCAGGUAUCCCCAAGUGUCCUCAGGUAUCCCCAAGUGUCCUCAGGUAUCCUCAUGUAUCCUCAGGUAUCCCCAGGUAUCCUCAUGUGCCCUCAGGUAUCCCCAGGUAUCCUCAUGUGCCCUCAGGUAUCCCCAGGUAUCCCCAGGUAUCCUCAGGUAUCCCCAGGUAUCCUCAUGUGCCCUCAGGUAUCCCCAGGUAUCCCCAGGUGUCCCCAGGUAUCCCCAAGUGUCCUCAGGUAUCCUCAUGUGUCCUCAGGUAUCCCCAGGUGUCCUCAGGUAUCCCCAGGUAUCCCCAAGUGUCCUCAGGUAUCCUCAUGUGCCCUCAGGUAUCCCCAGGUAUCCCCAGGUAUCCCCAAGUGUCCUCAGGUAUCCUCAUGUGUCCUCAGGUAUCCCCAGGUGUCCCCAGGUAUCCCCAAGUGUCCUCAGAUAUCCUCAUGUGUCCUCAGGUAUCCCCAGGUAUCCCCAGGUAUCCCCAAGUGUCCUCAGGUAUCCUCAUGUGUCCUCAGGUAUCCCCAGGUAUCCCCAAGUGUCCUCAGGUAUCAUCAUGUGUCCUCAGGUAUCCCCAGGUAUCCUCAGGUAUCCCCAGGUAUCCCCAAGUGUCCUCAGGUAUCCUCAUGUGUCCUCAGGUAUCCCCAGGUAUCCUCAGGUAUCCCCAGGUAUCCUCAGGUAUCCCCAGGUAUCCCCAGGUAUCCUCAGGUAUCCUCAGGUAUCCUCAGGUAUCCCCAGGUAUCCUCAGGUAUCCCCAGGUAUCCCCAGGUAUCCCCAAGUGUCCUCAGGUAUCCUCCUGUGUCCUCAGGUAUCCUCAUGUGUCCUCAGGUAUCCCCAAGUGUCCUCAGGUAUCCCCAGGUAUCCUCAUGUGCCCUCAGGUAUCCCCAGGUAUCCCCAGGUAUCCUCAGGUAUCCCCAGGUAUCCUCAUGUGCCCUCAGGUGUCCCCAGGUAUCCCCAAGUGUCCUCAGGUAUCCUCAUGUGUCCUCAGGUAUCCCCAGGUGUCCUCAGGUAUCCCCAGGUAUCCCCAAGUGUCCUCAGGUAUCCUCAUGUGCCCUCAGGUAUCCCCAGGUAUCCCCAGGUAUCCCCAAGUGUCCUCAGGUAUCCUCAUGUGUCCUCAGGUAUCCCCAGGUGUCCCCAGGUAUCCCCAAGUGUCCUCAGAUAUCCUCAUGUGUCCUCAGGUAUCCCCAGGUAUCCCCAGGUAUCCCCAAGUGUCCUCAGGUAUCCUCAUGUGUCCUCAGGUAUCCCCAGGUAUCCCCAAGUGUCCUCAGGUAUCAUCAUGUGUCCUCAGGUAUCCCCAGGUAUCCUCAGGUAUCCCCAGGUAUCCCCAAGUGUCCUCAGGUAUCCUCAUGUGUCCUCAGGUAUCCCCAGGUAUCCCCAGGUAUCCUCAGGUAUCCCCAGGUAUCCUCAGGUAUCCUCAGGUAUCCUCAGGUAUCCCCAGGUAUCCUCAGGUAUCCCCAGGUAUCCCCAGGUAUCCCCAGGUAUCCCCAGGUAUCCCCAAGUGUCCUCAGGUAUCCUCAUGUGUCCUCAGGUAUCCUCAUGUGCCCUCAGGUAUCCCCAGGAAUCCCCAGGUGUCCCCAGGUAUCCUCAGGUGUCCUCAGGUAUCCCCAGGUGUCCCCAGGAGUCCUCAGGUUCAGGUGUAUUCAGCGUUUGAGGAUGGUUCUCCAGCCUGUCUGAAUCAGCCUGCAGCUCUGUGGGUGGAGGGUGGAGGGAGGAAGGCAGGUGAGCAGCUCAUACCUGCGGUGGGAGUGGUGCAGGAGGGGAAGCAUUACCUGAGUCAGAGUGUUGGGUGUGCUCAGACAGGUCUGAGAUCUGCCAGCAGCUUGUGCCUGACGAGCCAGUGA